AUGAAUUAUAAACAAGUUUCGCUUCCUUUUCUUGGAAAGUUAAUAUUCCACUUUAAACUUGUUUUGUCAACAAAAGGCCGACAAUGCGCGCCACCUGAGGUAUUGGAUCCGAACAGUAAUGUUAUAGGAAACAAAAGAACCGUCGGUGCCAGGAUUCUUCACAAAUGCAAAAAAAAUGUCUCAAUUACAUCGGUUUGCGGGGAGGAUGGACAGUGGUCAGAACAGCAGUUUGAUUGCUAUUUAGCGUAUCUGGAAGGAAAGCAGAUCAAGAUUAUCACAAAAGAAAUUAACAUCUUUUGGCAUUUUAACGGAAAUGGAGAUCUAAAACUUUCAAAUAGAUGGCAACCAGACGACAUGUUUUCAAAAUUCCUGUUAGAAAAGCUGAUGAACGGAUCAUACAAAAUUAAGUCCGUUGCAAAGCCAAGCUUCUAUGUGUAUGACGGUUUUGACGUACCUGGUAUGGAGGUUCUGUAUGGGAAGGUCGACAGUGACGAUGACCGCACGCGUUACCUCGUUUCCAUGUGAACACACGGCUAUUACAGGAUACAAACAAAACGAACCGGUCGAUAUGUUAGAUUAGACACUUACGGAUACUUUUCAUCCAGGGAAAACGUAAAGGAUGCUAGAUCCUUAUUUAAAUUGGAGGAAACGUAAAUUGAAUUUUCCAUAUAUUCUGGCCUGAAAUCCUACUUCGUCUUGGAAGUUUUGACGUUUAAGGAAUUUAGAACGUUUUGACACAUAUAUUUCAAUAACCAACGUUUUCUUUUUUAUCUCAUUUCUCAUGAAUUAAACUUAUUCAUAUAGUUUGCUUGUCAUCCAACUUUGAAAUAUCACAAAUUUAUCGAUUCAUAUUGCCUCAUAUACUUGUAACAAAGUCAACUUCUGUUCAUCCACACCACUUGAGUUAAAACAGGCAAAUACGGACAGACGCAGCCGCCAAAAGAAAGGAAACGAUGCAACACUGCAUGUACGUAUUAUUAAAUGGUUUACCAGAAUAAACAAAAGAAUGAGAACUACUAUGAACGGUCAGUAAAAAAGGCACUGAUGAGUAUAAACCGGUUAAAACUUAUCAUAGAGCUUGAAUAUUAACUUAUAAAGAUGUUGUGUUUUUGUUUGUAUUUGUCUGGAAUUUCCUUUAUUGAUUUUUAUUCAUGCCAGACAUUUUAUUUUAUGCACCACAUUUAUAUAAGGACGUGUUUUUACCAUUUUAAUGAUUAAAGAACCAAAAAUCAUGCAGAAAGUAGCAUAAUCAUUCUUUCUGUUAUUUAUCACAUGUGAAAUCGCAAGGAUUUGUAAAAACCUGAAACCAUUAAACUUAGUUAUUCAAUGAUGGUUAAAAAGCAGUAGAAGACUUGGGCCUAAAGCCUUCUGACCUAGCUACGUAGGUUGCCAAUUCUUAGAUAAUUUUAAAAGCAGUCUGAACGAUUCUGAAUCAUUCAAAAGAUUAUACUUGUGUAAAUGUCUGCGCCAUGUUAUUGGCUGGUAAAGCUAUACUUAUUAUGCUAUGUAUUUUGGCCUUGUAUAUUAUAUUUUAAUUGUUUUAUGCCAACUCAAAUAUAAAUUAAAUAUUAUACAACUUCAAAUUAAGGAUGUUUUUUUCUUAAGAAACAAUACCCUUGAAAAUAUAUGAAUGUUUCUUGAAAUAGCAUUAUAACUAUUUAAUGUAUCGUUGACAUUUUUUUUUACUUGUAUGUGUUUGCAAUUAAUGUUUUAUUGCUCAUGACCAAAGAUAUGCACUAUGCUGACUGUCCGUAAAUUUGAAACUUGAAAGCAAGUUUGAUAUUAUAAUGCAAAUUUCAUUAUUGCUAAAGGUUUGUUUCUUGCAUGCUGUAAAAUAGUAAACAAAUCAGCCUUCAAGAAGUUUUGUUUGUUCUCAGUAAA